UCGAAGUUCUUUUCCCCCGAAGGCUCAAACCAUGCCGGGACAAAUCAGCAAGAAGCGCAGGUUCGUAGCCGACGGCGUUUUCAAUGCCGAGUUGAACGAGUUCCUCCGUCGGGAACUCGCCGAAAACGGAUACUCCGGAGUCGAGGUCCGCAAUGGCGCCACCAAGACUGAUAUCAUCAUCAUGGCCACCAGGACUCAGGACGUCCUGGGCGAGAAGGGACGCAAGAUCCGUGAGCUCACGGCUGUCGUUCAGAAGAGGUUCGGCUUCAAGGAAGGUACCGUGAAUCUCUUCGCCGAGAAAGUGUCCGCUCGCGGCCUGUGCGCCAUCACCCAAUGCGAGUCCCUUCGUUACAAGUUGAUCGGUGGUCUUGCCGUUCGUCGCGCUUGUUACUCAGUUCUCCGUUGCAUCAUGGAGGCUGAGGCUAUGGGCUGCGAAGUCGUCGUUUCUGGAAAACUUCGUGGACAGAGAGCCAAGAGCAUGAAGUUCGUCGAAGGACUCAUGAUUCACUCUGGUGACCCCACAAACCACUACGUUGAGACGGCCGUGCGUCACGUUCUGCUCAAGCAGGGCGUGCUCGGAAUCAAGGUGAAGAUCAUGCACCCGCACGACCCUCUGGGCAAACGCGGACCCGCUCAGCUUCUGCCCGACAAGGUUCAUGUCGUCGAUUCACCACACGAAGACGACAAUGUGGAAAUAUCGUCAGACAACAAGCAGGACACUUCGAAGCCUACUGCUGAAAUUAAAUAUUGAUUGACAUGAAUGAAUAAUUGAUGUCUUUCGA